AUGCAACUGAUCCACGCAAGACACAUUGGCCGCGUGUGGCCUGCUCGGGCCGUAGCGACAUUCGCAAAAACUGCGCGAGCUUCACCAUCCUUGGCAUACCGACACCCGCAGCCCUUCGCGAGCCCAUGCUUGGCUGCCGCCGCCCAGAGACGAGGUCUUGUCGACCUUCCUGCUCUGGACAAGAAAUGGCGCCAGCAGUGGCAGACGUCGAAGUCUGCCGCAGACGAUGCAGAUUCUAGCAAGCCGAGCAAAUACGUCCUGCCCAUGUUUCCGUACCCUUCAGGCACCUUGCACAUGGGCCAUUUCCGAGUCUACACGAUUGCCGAUGUUCUCUCCCGAUACCAUACAAUGAAAGGCUCCAGGGUCAUGCUACCCAUGGGCUGGGAUGCCUUUGGACUUCCCGCGGAGAACGCUGCCAUUGAACGUGGUAUUGACCCCGCCAUUUGGACCAAAAGCAAUAUUUCAAAGAUGAAGGAGCAACUGGAAAUCAUGAACGGCACUUGGAACUGGGAAAGGGAAAUCGCCACCUGCGACCCCGAAUUCUACAAGCACACCCAGAAGCUCUUCUUGAUGAUGCUGGACCGCGGUCUCGCCUACCAGGACGAGGCCGAGGUCAACUACGACCCGGUCGACAUGACGGUUCUUGCGAACGAACAAGUGGAUGCGAACGGAUGUUCCUGGAGAUCAGGCGCCAAGGUUGAGAAACGCAAGCUGAAGCAGUGGUUCUUCCGCAUCUCCGAGUUCAGAGAAUCCUUGUUAAACGAUCUGGAAACCCUUGCCAAGGACGAGGCUUGGCCUGAGAGAGUUCUUGCUCAGCAAAAGAACUGGCUGGGCAAGUCGACGGGCGCAACUAUCAAGUUUCCCAUCCUGGCCAUGGGUUCUGACAUCCACGCCAGCAUCGAGAUCUUCACCACAAGACCUGACACCCUAUUUGGGGUUCAAUAUGUCGCCUUGGCUUCUACUCACCCGAUGGUCGCUUCUUUGGCCAAGGGUGACCCCGAGUUGCAGGCUUUUCUGGAUACUCUUCCAGGACUGCCGAAGGACUCCAAGGUUGGCUACCUCCUUCCUCACGUCAGGGCUAUCAACCCGCUGGCCUACCACGAACAGACCCCCGAUGCCACGAAGGCAUCUAUCCCGGUCUAUGUGGCGCCAUACGUGCUCGGGGACUAUGGUGAAGGAGCCGUUAUGGGCGUGCCUGGCCAUGAUCUGCGAGACAAUGCUUUCUGGAAGGAGCAUCACUACGACGAACCUGUGAGGUUCGUUUUGGCGGCAUCUGAGGAUGAGUCGACGUCCGCAAUGGUAAAUGAUCCAUUUGUUGAGCAUGGAGUCAUGACAGCGAAUAGCGGUCUUUUCAAGGGCAAGUCAUCCGAGGAGGCUGGUCGUAUGUUGGUCGGCAUCCUCGAGGCAUCAGAACUGGCGAAGCCCGUUGAGAAAUGGAGGUUGAGAGAUUGGCUCAUCAGCCGUCAGCGAUACUGGGGAACCCCCAUUCCGGUUAUUCACUGUGGCUCCUGUGGCCCGGUCCCUGUUCCUGACGACCAGCUUCCGGUCAAACUGCCCCAAGUUGAUGAACACUGGGCGAACGGAAAGCCCGGAAACCCAUUGGAAAGAGCCGAUGACUGGGUUAACACCAGCUGUCCCAAGUGUGGCGGUGAGGCCAAGCGAGAUACUGACACCAUGGACACUUUCGUCGACUCAAGUUGGUACUAUGCUCGCUUUACGGACCCUCACAAUGACAAGGAGCCUUUCUCGGUUGAGGCCGCAAAGCAGAUGCCUGUCGACUUGUACCUUGGCGGCGUUGAACACGCCAUCUUGCAUCUGCUCUAUGCCAGAUUCUUCUACAAAUUUCUGGCUACAACUCCUCUCUUCCCAGCUUCGGAGGAGGGCGCAGUUCACGAGCCUUUUUCCCGACUGAUCACCCAGGGCAUGGUACACGGCGAGACCUUCACCGAUCCGAAGACUGGAAAGAUCCUGAAGCCGGACGAGGUUGACUUGAAGGACCGCUCCACCCCGAAGGUGAUCGCCACAGGCGAGACGGCGAAUGUGUCCUAUGAGAAGAUGUCCAAGUCCAAGUACAACGGAGUUGACCCGACGCAGUUUGUCGCCAAGCACGGCGCGGAUUCCACGCGAGCCCACAUGCUCUUCCAGGCGCCUGUUGACGAAGUCCUGAACUGGGACGAGAGCAAGAUCAGCGGUGUCACACGAUGGCUCCAGAGGCUGCAUGACCAUGCUGAGAAAAUUCAAAAGUCAAUUACUGAGGUCGAAGGAACCUCUGUCAAGGUGUAUCUCGAGGAGCGCUCAAAGAACUUGGGAUCUUUGAGUGCUAGUGAACUGGUCACCUGGGAUGCGGACAUUCAAACCUGGAGAGCUGUCCAAGGGACCAUUGACUCUGUCACACAAUCUUACGAGACGGUAUUCUCCUUGAAUACGGUCAUUUCGGACCUUAUGGGCCUGACCAAGACUCUGCUCGACAACACGGUUGCAAGCCCACUGAUCCAGAGAGAGGCACUGUCCACACUCCUGCGGUUGACAGCCCCUGUCACACCCGCAUUUGCGGAAGAAUGCUGGAGCAUUCUUUACCCUGAUGCUGGCUCUAUCUUCCGGUCGUCUUUCCCCGUGAAGGACGACACCGAGUCGCUGCUGACACCCCGUAAGCAGCCCGUAGCUAUCCAGAUUAACGGCAAGCUGCGUGGUGUCGCGGAGAUUCCCUCCCCUCCGUCUGAUCUGGAGGGUGAUGCAUUGAAGGACUGGAUGUUGGCGGAGGUUUUGAAGUCUGAUGAGGGCAAGGCCAAGUUCUCGAGCGGCCCGCUUGACAUCAGGUCUCCAAAGAGGGUCAUUGUCGCUAGGGGUGGCAAGACGAUGAACUUUGUAGUCUAG